GAGACUACAAAGUGAUAUUAGGAUAUCGGAAAACAUUUAUUGCGAGACUGAUGCUCUAACUGGGCCACCUAUUUCACCGCCGGGCUAAGUACGAAGCUGCAUUCGCGAAGGCCCAGACCACAAAAUCCAACAGCCCACGCAUAAACCGCAAGUUCCAUCCACUAUUCUGCGACGGCCCAUCCAACUCGGCCUCACACAACACAACCCACCCAUGAGCUCUCCACCUGCUCUCGUCUCUUCGCCGGCGGUGAGGCAGCUGCCGCCGUGGCGCCCUUUCCGCCGCCGUCUCGUCCCCAGACUUGCGUGCGCUUCCAGGACCUCCUGCGAGCUAGCACGUGGCGCCAGCGUGCGCUACCGCCAGCAGCCGCAGCCGCGCCUCGUGGCGGCGCAGUCGCAUCAUCCUCCCGCGCUUGCCGCCGUUGGCUCCGUCCGGAGGGACGCGGAGACGGGGCUCGCCCUACUCCUCCUCGUUCUCGCUGCGGUGAUGAGCUGCUUUCUGUCACUGACUAUCUUAUCGUUUUCAGCAUGCAGAGCUCUGCAUAAGUUGGAAACGGCAGCAAAUAAAUUGGCAAAACUAGUUGCAGAAGAGGCACCUGGAACUCUAUCUUUACUAAAGCUGUCCUUCUUGGAGGUCAAUGAUUUAACUAGCCAGCUAAAGAACCUUAGGAAGAGUCUCACAAUAAGUAGAUUUGGGAAGCAGGCUAGUACUAAAGCAAGUUCUCGGACUUGAUGGCCUAAACAGGGAAAUACAUGAAUUAAUCUGCAAGUGAAAUUGCAAUUGAAGGGAUGGGAUCAUGGGAUUCUAGUUGUAGGAGCCCCAUACGGCACCUUCCCCCCUUGGACGAUGCUGCAAGUCAGAGGAGAUGGCGGCUAUGCAGAAAAGGCCCAACUUGUGCAGCCGGGGCGAACAUUUCCAACACUCCAGUCCAGAGUCCAUGCAGACCAAGCGGGUCGUGGUCGUGCUGCUGUAUAUUGUUUGCAAAAAACUGACAUGGAAAAGCCUGGUCUCCGUUUCAACUUUUGCCGCUAUAGUGGCCAAGCAAAUGUGAAAAUCUGGUAACUGAAACUACAGCUCCGCUUCUCAAACGAUUUGAUUUGUCGCUAAAGUACGGCCUAUUGAUCUUACCAGAAGGAUGUGUGUAAAUUGCUGCGGAGCAGACAAUUUUACAGAAAAUUUCAAAAAGGAGCAGUCGAAUUCUUGACAUGAA